UAAUACAAGUAGUUUUUCGUCUCAGCACACACGGUACUUAUACGUGACCUGCAGCAGCAAGUACGCACGACCACAAUAGACCUCGACAGUGGUGGCAGUUAGUUGUUGACCUCACGGUUGGUAAAGCUGACGACCACCAAUCAGCUCCUCCCUAGCUUCCUCUGGCAUACAAAAUUCCAUCGCCAAGCAAACCUGCUCCUCUACUGACUUUCUGGUACCUACCUUGCACUUCAUUCAUGGCUAUCAUCUAACAUCGCUCGUCUGGUAUUCUAGUAUCUUUCAUGUCUCUGUCCCGUAUAGAACCUCGCUUGACCCAGUUUACAAUCCAACAAACACCGAUACAUACACGCCAUGCCCACGGCAUCUCCGGCGACGACCCUCCGUCUCCUCGCCUUGCUAGCCGCUGCCGCUGCCGUCGCAGUCGUGGCGGCCGCGGACGAUGGCAUGACCCACCUCCACCUCUACAUCCACGAGACCAUCGCGGCUGGCGCCGGCGCCAGCACGGCCUUGCUCGGGGGCAACUCCUCGUUCGGCAGCGUCGGCCCGAUCGACGACGAGCUCCGCGAGGGGCCGGACCCGGCGUCGCAGUACCUCGGCCGCGCCGAGGGGAUGCUCGCGCAGGCUGACCUGGGCAGCCCCGCGGCGUCGUGCACCAUCCUGAACCUCGCGUUCACGGAAGGGGACUACGGCGGCAGCACGCUGGUGGUGGACGGCCGCGUCGACCUCGGCGCCGACGGCAAGGCCGUGGUGGAGCUCGCCGUGGUGGGCGGCACGGGGAGGUUCCGGCGGGCGAGGGGGUACAGCCUCAUGACCAAGAUCGGGAACCCCUCGCCCAGCACCGUUGUCGUCUUCGAGAUGGAUCUUUACGUCAAGAUCAGUGGCUGAAUCAGCUCUAGGCAGCUAGUUACCUACUUCGCGUUAGAGACUUGAAAGCAAUGUUUUUUUUUAAUUUUGUGUUGUAAACAACAGUUGAGAGUGUGAACUAAUUCAUUUCUGACGCGAUCAA